AUGGAUCCGGGGAUACCUGAUCGGCCAAAAAAGCGGGACGACUUUGAAGUCGCUAUCAUCUGUGCCCUGACUCUCGAGGCUGACGCCGUCAUUACUCUUUUCGAUCAUCACUGGGAAGACGAUGGUUUUUCCUACGGCAAGGCUAGAGGGGACCCUAAUGCUUAUUCAAUUGGUGCCAUUGGGCAACACAAUGUGGUAUUGGCCCAUCUACCGGGGAUGGGCAAAGUCUCUGCAGGCAAUAUCGCUGCCUUUUGCCGCAUGAGCUUUCCCAAUAUCAAGCUAGCGCUACUUGUCGGUAUCUGUGGCGGCGCGCCUACUUAUAAUAAAGGCAAAAGCCGAAUACGUCUCGGCGACGCGAUCAUCAGUACCGGUAUUGUUCAAUAUGACUUUGGUCGUCGGUUUCCGGAUCAGUUCGAGAUCAAGGAUAGUCUCAACGAUAUCCCGGGAAGACCAAAUCUUGAGAUCAGAAGCCUGUUGUCAAAACUGAUGACAACGAGGGAGAGUGACCGUCUGCAGAUAGAAAGUUGGAAAUAUUUGAAUAAAAUAUGUCAAGAUGCAAAGAGGCGGGCCACUUUCCCAGGACGAUCAAAAGAUCUACUUUUUCCAGUUGACUACCGCCACAAACACCAAGACUCGCUGGUGUGUACGAUAUGUGCAUCGUGCCACCAGGAAACAGAUCCAGUUUGCGACAUAGCGCUCACCUCAAGCUGCGAACAGAUGGGAUGCGACACGAGCCAAUAUUUGCAAAGAGACUAUCGGGAGGGAGAUGAACUUCACCCACUUGUCCAUUUUGGUACCUUCGCGACAGGGGAUACAGUAAUGAAGUCUGCCAAAGAUCGUGAUCAUAUCGCGAAACAGACGCAGGCUUUGGGAUUCGAGAUGGAGAGUGUCGGUGUAUGGGAAGUCUUCCCAUGUGUUGUAAUCAAAAGCGUAUGCGAUUACGCUGACAGCCAUAAGAGCAAGGACUGGCAGUCUUAUGCUGCUGCUUGUGCAGCAUCAUAUACGAAAGGAUUCAUCAGAUACUGGGAUUCAACAAGACAUACCGAGUCUUCAUCUGAGCCUCAGCAGUUUCGGAAACGCAUUAUCAAAAGCCUCAGCUAUGUAGACAUGAACGAAAGAAGGAACAAUAUUCAAUCAGAGGCGCCAUCUACAUUCAAUUGGAUCUUCGAGGGAUCGGUUGAGUAUCCUGGGGAACAAAGCCCGGACUGGCUUUCAAAUCAAGAUUACGAUACUGACAGACACUCGGAACCUGAAUGGGAAACAGAAACAGCAUCAAACACCGAGGCUGAACAAGAAGGGUCCAUUGAAGCGCAUAAAGAUAACGGAGCAGGGUGGGAAACAGUAUCAGAUGAGAAUCCUAGAGAAAAGGAUUUCCCUGAAUCGGAUGAUGACACGGAGGCAGAGUGGGGAACAGAAUCAGAUGAGAGAUCCGAGACCACAGACGAUUGCACCAGAAACCAUCAACGAUGGAGACAUUGGGACAGUUUUGUCAAUUGGCUGAAGUCGGACCUGCCAGUUUACUGGAUCACCGGGAAACCGGGCUCUGGGAAGAGUACUCUCAUGAAAUUCCUCAUAUCAGAUUCCAGGACACCAACUGCGUUGAAGGAAUGGAAGAAAAACACAAUCAUAAUUGCACACUUUUUCUGGGAGCCAGGAAGUACGAUGCAGCACUCUUUCAAAGGUCUUCUCUGUUCAUUGCUGUGUCUGAUUUUGAAGAACGAUAAGAGUAUCUCCCAUAGCGUUCUCCAGAGAACGAUCAAAGACAAAGAUGGAAAGGAGUCACCGAGUGAUUGGGACCAACGCGAACUGAGAGAUCUUCUACUCUACUAUCGCAAUCAUUCGUCACAGCCCAUAUGUAUCUUCAUCGAUGCUCUAGAUGAGAUUUCCCCGGAGCAGGACACGCUCGACGCGCUACAUAUGCUGAGAGCCCUUAUCUCCCCUACUAUCAAAAUCUGUGUGUCAAGUAGACCUGAGCGUCUGUUCCGACUUCACCUCCAAGACGAACCUAGCCUUGAGAUCCAUAAGUUGACGGGGCCGGACAUAGAGCAGUACAGUAAGGUUUCCAUACGGGAUUCUAUCCUUCUGGAACCGCAGGGUCUCAAGGUCUCCGAUCUAGCAAGGCGAAUAGGCGAAAUGUCUCAGGGCGUUUUCUUAUGGGCUGUGCUUGUUACGCGGUCAUUGAUUCGAGGUAUCAACAACGGCGACUCAAAAAGGGAUAUUUAUCGACGACUAAAUUCAACACCCCAAGACCUUAUGGAUCUGUACCGGGAUAUUCUAAUGCGGUCUGCGGCUGAUCGUGACAUAUAUCAGCAAUCUGCCUCCAUGAUCUUCAAUUUGGUUCUCAUUCUAAAUAAAAUACCUAUGCCGUUGUUUGAAGCCACGGUGGCAACGGACGGUCCAUUAUUGGAUCAACUUGUCGUCCAGGGCAAGGGAAUACAUGCACAAGAUCUUGUAACUAAGGGAUUGCGUAUGGUGAAUACCCUGGAAGUUGGUUGCGCCGGGUUAUUGGAAGUUCGUUCCUCCAUGAACGAGAAUUCUCCUACUUUUAGGUUGAAGCCCUUAAUUGCUUGGCUCAGAACAACAAUCACUUUCAUCCAUAGGAGCGCUGAAGAAUUUCUGAUUGAUACGGAGGAUGGCCGCAAGCUUUGGGAGUCUUGCCCAUGCUCACAGGAAGAGCUCUUGAUUCGAAGGGCGAAAGCUAAACUUGCUUGGUAUGAACUUUAUUCGUCACUGGUUAUCGUGUCAGAAAUGAAGUCUUGCGAAUUGCCCUCUGUCCUGGAGACCUUGACCAGGUGGAUACGCGAAGCGAGCCUGCCACGCGCCGUUAGCACCACUAUAUUGAUCCUUGCACAGAAAAUGUAUGAGCGAGGGUCCCUAUUGACACCAGAAACCUGCCGUGAACUUCUGCCCCUUCAUUCUCGCCGGGGACAGUUCUUGAUAUAUGCAGUAUCUUUUAGUCAUACUACAUUUGUGUUCAACAACUUGGCAACUUUUCCAACUUCUGAGAGAUACGAAACUGCUUAUUAUAUCUUUUAUAAUGCUUGUGCCGAGCUUCAUUCCCCCGAUGAUGACGGGAAUAUGAUGCAUGAACCCGGGGUAGUCAAGUUCAUGAUCGAAAACGGCUACAGUCCCAACUGGCCCGGAAGCUCAGAGACGACUACUUACAAAUUCGGCAGCCCUUGGCUUCGGUAUCUCUUAGCACUACAUGAGAAACUUACCGGUAGAGUGAAAGCUAUACUCACUUCGACUCAGGCACUUGCAGUCUUGGAUACUAUACGUAUGUUCCUCAAAUCUGGGGCCAGUGUCCAGUCUAGGUUCAAGAUAGUAUUCAGUUGGUGUCGAGUGCCCGAGAGAAGGCUACCUGCACAUAUUAGUCUUGAAGCUCUUUGUAUUCAUCCCUAUAAACGCUUCCCCUGUCCGGACAACUCUGGCUUCUUGAUCCUGGAGAUAAAUGCCAAGGUGCUCCUGGAAUCAAUACUAGUUCAAGUACACGGGGCAAUACGCCCUGUGUCCCGUUUGAGGCUUCCGGAGGCUGCCUCUCACACAAAAGCUCUUGCAUUCGGUAAUUGGAACAAGAAGGAGUAUUUCAUCGUGGAUAGAAACUGGGUAUCAGAGUUACUUGUAGAAGGAGUAAAACUCUGGUUUCGGCACGCUACGAGCAAGGGUGAUGACACGAAGUUGAACAACACGGUUAUGAAGAUGUGUUGUUGCGUUACUGACAAAGUUAGUGAAGCUUCGUGCCGUCAGGGUGCUUGGCCCUUUUAA